AAUGCAGUCAAUAGAAAGCUGGUCAAUAGGGUGAAAUCGGAAGACCCUUCUCCAGCUCCUCCAGCUGAUACAAAGCCUCCGUGCACACAGCUGUCAUCCCAGUUUAUGCCCCUUCUUGCCAGACAGUCGGGACCUACUUCACACACAGCCCUGAGGGGCUCUUGUUGUGGGGACAGCACAGCAGAACACCAGACAACAACCGUGGAGGCUGUGCCCAGGGAAGUAAGAAAAAGCUUUUUCCUCUGGGAUUGUGCUUGGAAUAUGCUACAGAAAUGUCAGACAUAAAGAAGAAAAUCACUAGAGUUUCUCUGACCAUCAGUUCCCCAGUUAAUGAAAACUCUUACACCAGGUCAAGUUAUUCUACCUUAGUUCAGCCCCUGUGUGUUGAUCCCCAGAGGAUGCAGAGUCCCUGCAGUAGUCUGUCAGGAUCUACUUGCGUGGCACCCCCUGUGUUCACCAAGCAUCUUCAAGACCUCUCUACAACCAGAGGUCAGCGUGUCGUGUUCGAAUGCAGAGUCCAGGCCACAGCCACAGUUCAAGUUCACUGGUACAGAGAGAAAGAGCAGAUAGCCGACUCAGACGACUUCCGUAUUCUGAGGAAAAAAGCUUCUUUAUCAUCCACUCCUGAGGAAGUCUGUACCCUGAUUAUAACAGAAGCAUUUCCUGAAGAUUCUGGGGAGUUCAAGUGCAUUGCAGAAAAUGAGGCUGGGACCGCAGUCUCGACAGCAAAACUCUUUGUUUUCCCAGAAGGUAAAGAAGUACAGAAUUCAAAGAGUUCUUCAAAGUUACCAAUGAGCAAACUUUCUCCAAAGGUGGCCUUCUUUUCCUGUGGAAGUGAAAUGUACACAAAAGACAAAAGUCUUGAUAAUACCAGCAUAAACCAUAUGGCAACUAUCCUCACACCUGCUGGUUAUGAUGAACAUAAGAUCCAGGUUCCAAAACAGGAUUUCUGUACCAUCAAUGGAAAUUCCUCUGAGCUACAAUCACAAUGGUAA